AUGCCUCUCUUUACAAGAAGGUCACUGGCCCACCGAUCCAGAACCCAGGACUACGAAAACGCCCCUUCUGCUCAACCUUCCUCCCAAAAUAGGCUGUCUACGGUACGGAUUCCCCAACGGAACGCCCCAGAAGGUCAGACCCGAGAAAGAGGCGAUGGUCAUCUGCUACGUCGUACCACCAGCGACGAGACGCUUACCACCCUAGUCAAUACCAUCAACGAUACAGAGUUUCUCCACAACGGGGCCGAUGUGCGUAACCAAGAUGAAUAUGCACACCUGGUGCAGCGGUUAGUUAGAUCCAACUCCAGCCCCCCUCCAAACGAUACGGAAUCUAUCUUCGCUACCCGGUCUAUUGCUUCUAUCGAAACGGUCACGGAUAAGUACUUUAAUGAGCCUGCCACACACUUCACAGCCAAGCGACAGCUCCCCAUUGCGUCGGGGUUUAUGAAAAACGGUGUGCUCAUUUUCCCCCUGGAAACAUCGUUGCAGAUCCAUCGCUUUUGCAAGCAAAACUUGAACAAUAGCCGAUUUCUCGCGAAUCUCAUCGAUGGAAUGCGAAACCAGGGACUUGGACUCCCGAUUCUUCAAACUCAUUCACCGAUCCUAGGGGGUGUUUUUAAGAAAAAUGCGCCCUUUAUGGUCAUUUACAGGUUCUUACCCCCGGUUGGGACCGAUCAUUUUAAUCCCAACACCCCGCCUUCGCUCAAUACCUGCUCCACCGAAAAGUAUGAGUAUGUCAAGGUCUACUAUAAACACUUGAACAACCGGGUUUCAGGAUAUGCGUUACACUUCAUUCCAGACCCUCAGUUCCCAGAUCAGGGAUUUGAGGUGAUCAUGUUAAACAACACCGUCAAAGCGUGCACGGAUUGCUACGUUAAGGGCACGAAACUCCGGUUCUUGGGAACAACCUCGUCCAAUUCCACGUUCGGGUCCAGUUCCAUCAAGAUGCUAGUGGUGGACGAUGAGGUGCCGAUCCUCAACGACUAUUACAGCGAGAAGAAGGACAAGGAAAAGCGGAAGUUUGAGAUUGCCAAAGGCUGUCCCUUACUAAACAACUAUUUGCUGAACCCACUACGUAAUUUUUUCAAUGGCCUUCAAGGGAACCACCGACAACCGUUCCGAGUAUUUGGCAAAUGGGAUGAUUCUUCAGACUCGUCGUAUGCCAAGCACCAGGCGUCCAUGGGGAGUGUGGUGCUCAAUAAAGUGGCCAAACACGGAGAUAUUUCGUUUUUUGAAAACCCCAACCCUCCCCAUGACAAGGAUGAAGCCUUUCGCCAACAACUCGAAGAAAGGCUCAUAUCCCUUACCAAGACCGCUAGCUGGCCUACUAUGAUGACUUUUGAAGAUACCAUAUUUUCCGUUUCCCAGAAUGAGAAUUCCCUUAUCUUAACGUGUCUUUUAUUAGUGUUGCAAGACCAAGAAAAGAGAAAGUAUCAAGCGAGCAGACGCCUUCUAUAUUCUGGUACUGAGCAGCACGGGGGUGGUAGAAGGGCACCGAUUGCGAUGGCCGACGCUCUAUUUUAG